AUGCAUCCACAAGAUGGUGCAAUAGGCAUUGUGUUAAGCAAGCAAGCCGUUUAUCCUCAGCCAGAGCAAAUUCGUCACUCAAGUGCAACAGGUCCCAAGGUGUCUCUGUCAAAAAGGAGAAAAGUGGAUACAGAGUGCAGGUUGUUCCAAGAAAAAUGGACAUCCUCCUAUUUUUUCACGGAAGUGAACGACAACGCUGUGUGUUUGGUGUGUUCACAGCACGUUGCAGUGCUGAAAGAAUAUAAUCUCCGUCGCCAUUAUGUGAGUCUUCAUGCCGAAAAAUAUGACCAAUUUGAAGGACAGCGGAGAAGAGAGAAGGUGAAUGAACUGUUGGCCGGACUGAAGAAAAAGCAGUCUGCGUUUACUCACAGCCGAGAUAUCAGUGAUGCUGCAGUGAAAGCGAUUGCUAAUGAAAUUGCAGUGGCUUCAAAACCAUUUAGUGAGGGGGAAUUUGUAAAAACGUGCAUGAUGAAGGCAGCGGAGAUUGUGUCCCCUGAAAAGCGCCAAGCUUUUGCAAAUAUCAGCCUGACCAGAAACACAAUAGCAGACAGGAUCUCCGAUAUUUCAGCGGAUUUGGACAGCCAAUUAAGGGAAAAAGUAAAGUCCUUUAUUGCUUUUUCAGUUGCUAUUGAUGAAAGCAUGUACAUUACAGAUGUUGCUCAACUGGCGAUUUUCAUCUGCCGAGUUGAUGACACGUUGACCGUCACCGAGGAGUUUGUCGAGCUGGAGCCCAUGACGGAUACAACAACAGCAGCUGAUAUUUUCACCGCACUCGUUGGAGCGCUGGACAGGGUCGGAGUGCAAUGGUCCCGUGCUGUAAGCCUCGCUACAGAUGGCGCACCCUCAAUGACUGGGAGAAAAUCAGGUGUUGUGACAAAGUUCAGAGAGAAAGUGCAAUCUGCAAAUGGAGGAGGUGAUUUUUGGACUUUUCACUGUAUUUUGCACCAGGAGAGUUUGUGUUGCAAGUCAUUAAAGAUGGAUAACGUCAUGAAAGUGGUCACCCAAACUGUUAAUUUAAUUCCAUCCAGAAGCCUGAAUCACCGUCAGUUUGACAGCCUUCUCAGAGAAAACGACCACAUCUAUAGCCUGCCAUACCACACUGAGGUAAGGCGGUUAAGCCGAGGUGCCGUGCUGAGGCGUUUCUAUGAUUUACGAGAAGAAAUUGAACAGUUCAUGGAAGAAAAAGGCAAACCAGUGUUAGAAUUUCGUUCCGCAGAAUGGGUACAGGACCUUGCAUUUAUGGUGGAUGUUACAGAGCACCUUAAUAACUUGAACAAACAGCUGCAAGGCCGCAAAGUUGUCAUGCAGUAUUACGACUGCAUACGUUCUUUCAAGUUAAAGCUGUCUUUGUGGGAGACGCAACUCGCUGUUAAUGACGCAGCUCACUUCCCCUGUCUGAAAAAAGUGUGUGCGUCCCAACAUGAAGGCGACAUGAAGCGGUUCAAAGAUAAAAUAACGGGACUGUUGAGGGAGUUUGAGCUACGCUUUCAGAUUUUUGAUGAACUUGAGAAGGACUUCAGAAUUUUUUGCUCCCCAUUCACCGUGAAUCCCUCUGAUCUCCCCACCAGCAUCCAACUUGAAAUAAUAGACUUGCAGUGUGACUCGGAUUUGAAGGGCAAAUUUGUCACAGCUGGCUUGGACACAUUUUAUCAAAACCUUUAACCUGGUUACCCCAACUUGACAGCUCUUGCUGCAAAACUGUUGAGCAUGUUUGGAACCACUUAUCUUUGUGAGCAAGUUUUCUCUGUAAUGAGUAUAAAUAAAACAAAGCUGCGCUCGAAGCUCACACACAAGAACUUGAAUCACAUCCUGAAGUUAGCUGUCACUCAGGAUGUGACUCCUGAUAUUGAUGCUCUGGUGAAAGCUAAAAGAUGUCAGUUAUCAGGAGUCAAAUAAACUUAAAGUGCUGCAUGAAACUCUGAUAUAGCCAUGUGAUCUAGUUCUUUGAAUCACUGAGGAAUUUAUUUUUUUUGUAUUUGAAAAUUUCAAAUAUAAUUCAG